UUUUCGUCUUUUGGCGCGCCCAAAGUUUCGACUUUUGAGCGAAAUUUCGAAGAAAGUAAGAGAUUUCAACACUUUGAACAAGCGAUACAAGAAAGAUUCAGGUCAAACUCGGUCGACACGUUCAGCCCAUCAAGUUACUACCAGCUACGGGAUAGCAAGCAGCUCGAACCUCGUCAUGCCUACCAGCUCUCGAUCCACCGCUUCCUCCUCCGAGACGGGCAGUGACAGGGAAGAUUUCUCAGACUGGGCUUCCUCGUUGCACGGAGCCCGACGUACCCGGUCCCUCUUUGACGCCGAUACCGUGCUGGAUACCCCAGAGGAAUGUUUGGAGUAUGACGAGAGGGUGCAUGGGUAUAACGUGCAGAAGGAAGGGGAGAGGAUGGGAUUGGAUGAUUAUGGACGGAUCAGGUUGAUCAAUUACAUUAGACGGGAGAAACCAAGCGUACAACACCUCAAGGCGCUCAAACCGGACGAUCAGAUCUUCAAGGAUGAGAUCAACUUGAAACCGGUCCUGGAGAACGACCCUUUGCUCCAGAUCUGUUUUGCGGAUUCUUGGUCGGACGACGAAGAGCCUUCCAAGUCCAAAGCUCAGGCCGAAUCCAAACCCUCGGCGUCCACUUCGAAGUCUGCCUCGAAGACAGAAACGAACAACAACAAUCCCAAUAAUCUCUCUCAAACAUCCCUAGCUGCCCUCCAGGCCCAACUCGCACAGGCCGAAGCGAAGAAUAAGACCCUACAGGCUGUUUUGGACCGGGUCGUUCUAGAUCUCGGGAGUGGGGGUGCGGGUGCGGGUGCGGUCGGUGAUUCGGAUAGCGGGAGCGGAAGUGAGAGUGAGAAUGAGGCGGUUGGGAAGGGAAAAGGAAAGGCCGGAGCUGAGCAGCAAAAGCAGGCUAAAGGGAAGGGUAAAGGGAAGGGCAAGGGGAAGGGGAAGAUGGAUAUCGAUACGCAUUAUUUCGAUUCGUAUGCUUCUAACGAUAUCCACGAGACGAUGCUCAAGGAUACCGUGAGGACCAUGUCUUACGGCGAGUUUAUCCUGAACAACCCGGGGAUUUUCAAGGAUGCGAUCGUGAUGGACGUAGGGUGUGGAUCUGGGAUAUUGAGCAUGUUCGCGGCCAGGGCCGGGGCGAAACACGUCUACGCCAUCGAAGCUUCAGGCUUGGCUCACAAGGCGAGGAAGAAUAUCGCCAACAACGGGUUGCAAGAUCGGAUCACCGUCGUCCAGGGUAAAGUCGAAGAGAUCGAGUUGCCCUUGAAGGGGAAAGAGGUGGAUGUGAUCGUCAGCGAGUGGAUGGGUUACAUGCUGCUCUACGAGUCGAUGCUGGAUUCCGUACUCCACGCCAGGGACCGGUUCAUGAGACCCGGCGGGUUGAUGGUACCCAGUCAGACGAGGAUCAUGCUCGCGGGUAUGACGGGGGAAAGGAUCUACGAAGAGGCCUUUGGGUUCUGGGACGAAGUUUAUGGCUUCGACUUGUCGGCCAUGAAACCUACCCAGUUCGAGGAUGGGAUCGUCGAGAUCGUCGAUGCCAAGGAGGUCAUGACGACCGAGUGCGCGCUCAAGGACAUCGAUACCAACCGCGUCACCGUCCCCGAACUCGACUUUAAGAGCCCAUUCGUCCUCGAACCCGUCUCUACCUCGGACUCGUUGCCGAUGAAGACGAAGAUGAGAGCCUUCCUCACCUGGUUCGAUACGUUCUUCUCCCCCGACGCCUCGAUUGCGGGUCAGGCGCCACUGGGGAGGGAUACGCAGUAUGUCAAGUAUGACGAGGAUGCGUAUAGGCGGGAUGUGCCCGUGGUAAGCGCGAAAAAGACCGGUGAUGAGGGCGAAGGUGACAAGGAGGGUAGAGAGGUCAGUUUUACGACGGGUCCGAGGGGAAAAGCGACGCAUUGGAAGCAAGUGGCGUUCAUGCUCAAAGAGCCUGUCGAGGUUCCCGCUGGCCACCGGAUCGAGGGUACUUUUCACUGCCGAAAGAGUCGGAGUGGGAAUACGCGAGAACUGGACGUCGAGAUCCAUUGGAAGGUGUUGGGACCGAACGAACGGGAGGGGGAUGUACGGGAGCGGUACGACGUGUUCAGGGUGUGUUGAUGAAGUAGUGAGGGCUGUUUGGGUUGUGCGGUGUUGUUGUGUGAGACGUGAGGAUGCGGAUGUUAAUAACGCAAUGUCUUGCCUUGGUUGAUCUUGUUGUGAUCGGAGCCUUUUUGAAAUCUCAGAGGUCGGUGC